UUUAUUUACACUAGCAACGGUUGAUGUCAUCACAGUUUUCGAUUUGAUUCAGUUGAUCAAAAUACAUUGCAAAAAAGUAUACAACUGCAUCGAUUCUAAAUGGCCUCCAUGACAAAUCAUCUUUGUGGUAUUUGCCAGAGUUUAUCAAAAGCGACUCCUGCCUCGAAAUGGUGCAAUGACUGUGACGAAGCAUUAUGCAUAAACUGCAAUAUACACCAUGCCGUUGCUAAAGCUACUAAAAAGCACAUAGUAGCUGAUAUUGAGAUACCAAAAUUUGUUUUGAAUCUUGAUCAGAAAUCAAAAUGUAGCGUUCAUAAAAUUCCGUAUGAACUUUUCUGUGGAACCCACGAAUCUCCAUGUUGCAUUAAUUGUUUAAAAACAAAUCACAAAACAUGCACGGGAUUUGAAUCCAUUGACGAACGUGUCAAAAGAGAAUUUCCAGCCAUAGGAAAUUUGUUGGAUGAUCUAAUUGAACGGCUAAAGACUAUUGAAACGUUUUAUGAAAAUCUUUACGAGGAAAAAGAAAUAGAUAUGAAUGAAAUUAAAAAUAGUUAUAAAAAGUAUGUGAAAGAUAUUAAAAAAGUUAGGAAUGAGGUGAAUAAAGUUCUGGAAGAACUUGAAAAUGAUCUUCUUAACAAACUUGACGCAAUUACUAGCACACAUGAAACAUCGAUUAAACAAUUAUGUCUUGAGAUUCAAUCAAACAAGAAGAAGACAGAAGAAUUAUUGCAGGGAGUUUUGACACUUAAAAACCAUGGGUUAAAUACACAUGCCUUUAUUGGAAAAAAUGAAAUACAAGAAAAAGUUAGUAACGAAGUAACCAAUGUAGAAGACUUCAUAAAAAAGAAGAAAUUAAACCGUCAUAAAAUUAUUCUUACAAUUGAUAAAAAGGUGCAGGAGAUAACAUCAGAUCUUCAGGUAUUUGGUGAAAUAAAACAUAGUGUUUUACCAAGUGCAGUAACUUGUCUAGUAGAGAAACAAGCACAAAGGCCAGUAUUUGACAGACAGAAAUUGAUAUUGAAAAAAGAACUAACGGUGCCGUACGAAAAGUCACAAAACGUUGAAGGGUGUGCCAUUUUACCAAAUGGCAAAUUUGUAUGCUUGUAUAUUCCUCAUUAUGCAUCUACUGACAAAGAAGCAAACGAAGGUGAACUUGUUCUUUUCAAUAACAAUGGUUCAAUUAACUGUUCAAUCCCAGUCUCCUCUUGGUGCUUUGAUGUUGCAUGUAUUACCGACAAGAGAGUAGCAGUUACAUCUACUAAACAUCCACAAAUAAUCAUCGUGUCCUUAGAGUACAAAAGGGUACAAAAAACAAUACCUACUGAAAAUAUAUGCUACGGUAUUACCUACUUCAAACAAAGAUUAUACAGUUACGGGAACAAUGAAAUUCAGAUUCGGAGUUUAUAUAAAGACGACAUGAAAAGUGUAAAUGUACAAAAACAUAGGUCAACAGGUCUCGGUGACUAUGGUUUUAUAGCGGUAGGCGAAAAUAGAAUAUAUCUUACAAGAGGUCUUGAUACCAUAUCGUGUUAUAAUACUACAGGGGCACUUCUUUGGGAGUGGACGAACCAGAAUCUAAAAUUUGUCCGUGGUAUCACGCUUGACAACAAUGCCAACUUACUUGCUAUAGGUAGAGAUUCGAAUAGUAUUGUUGUUUUAUCUCCAGAUGGAAAACAAUUAUGCGAGACACUUGAACCCGAGAACAUGGCCUACCCAAAGGCAAUAGAUUUUGACCAGAUGGAUCAAAAACUACUGAUUUGUGAUGAGAAAGGAGGGGCUAAAUUGUUUUCAAUUAAGUAUAAACAGUAACACAGAACAAGAAUAUAGAAAUUAACAUUA